AUGAGCUCGCUUGAGGGCCAAUCAAGUGCUCGUAUGGCUAGUAACCUUUGUUACGAUAUGGUCCAUACCUAUACCCUUAUGGUAGCGUCCACCAACUGGGAGGGUCUCCAAGUUCUUGUUAAGCAGAACAACAUUGUGCCCUACGAGAAGGCCACUUUGGAGGACCGGUCAGAGCGACUUGAGGACCAAGUGAGCUCUCUCACUCAAGAGAAGGAUGAGCUGGAGAAUAGAUUGGCAAGGUGUCAAAGGUUAUUGAGAGCAUGGAUUUUGUCAGUACGGUCUAGGGUGUUCGUAAGGCAUGUGAGGCCCUUGGAUUUGAAAAGGGGAAACAAUUGGGUGGUUGGUCUACAAGUUUCAGAGAACCUGAAAUCCCAGAUCCUAGCCUUGUGUACAAGAAAGGCUGAAGAGGUGGAUGCCGCUCUAUUGUCCCUGACUGAGAUGGAUUUCUUGGGCCUUUUUCACUUGGGGAAGUUGGAUUAUGACAGCUUUCGCCAAUUUUGUGGUAGGUCGAAUCCGGGAGGUUCUUUCAAACUCUGA